CUAGGAAAAUGCUAAAGUUAAAAUUAUUAACAAGUGACUAGAUGCACUCACACACAAGAAGACACUCACAUUAUUCACUAAUCUGUCUCUGAAUCUUUCUCUGAAUCUGUGGUACUGUAAAGUGGAGAGUUCAAUUCAAUAAUAUUAUAAUAAGGGUAACAACUGUGAGAUUUAAGAAAACAAAUCAUUUGUGCUUGCAUGAUAACGUGCACUUCUCAUUUGAGUUAUCUGAUGUAAUUUAUACUGAUUUAUUAAUCUGACCUUUUGAGGGGUUAUAGGCAGAAAAACUCAGCAAACUUAAACAAGGUUAACUCUUUUGUUAGUUGGUUUUACUUGCAUGGAAAAACCAAAUUAUGAUAAUUGUUUUUAAACAAAUUAAGUUAAAAAGCUGCAGUCAGUAGUUUUAUAACAUUUGCUUGAAGAUUAUAUAUGUUAACACAUACAAAACAUGGGCCAGUGUAAAAUAUGCAGGAUGUGAACUUAAUUAAUGAAGAAAUAAUACUUAAAAUGUAAUCAUGCUUUUAUUUAUUUCACAUUGUAGUUUUAAUGCAUUAUAUGUGAAGCUUAUGAAAGGGUUUUCUUUUUUCCUUUUACAUGUCAAAACGUGCAUAUAUUAUAAUUUAUUUUAUUACAUGUGAAUAAGUUUUAUUAUACAUGUAUGUUUAUAAGAGUUUGCCUUAAUAAAAUCAUUUAAAUUUUCUCGACCAGUAAUUUAGUUUUACCAUUGUUAUUAUAGAACAGUUUUGUUUUCCUUCCUUUUUCGUCUUGGUCGUCCUCUUGUGGACAGAUGUAGUAUUGUCCUUAAUUGUUUGGAUUUGAAAAUCUACUCUCUUCUCUUUCGAUAAAUAAAUAAAUAAAUAAAAGUAUUAUUGUGCUAUUUUUGUACAUGUUGAGCUUUUCGUCUGUUUUCUUCUCCCUCACUCCCCCUCUGUCUUUGGUGGAGAUGACAACAAAGCGACAGAUGGUGAGCCAACUGCAUUGCGCAAAUUUAUCACAUUAAAAGAAAACAGAAUAACAUUGCACGUUAAAUAGUACGCGGUGGCACAUCUUUGGAGACAGCUGAACACUAUCAGAUAACCUUUGCGUUUACCGGGCUUUCACUCAAAACCGCAUCCUCAUGAACAGCGUCCUGCUCACCUUGGCAACGGGCCUGCAUCGGAGAAUAAUGUGGGGUUUAUUUUUAGAAGCCCUCAGACUGCUGGUGCGUACAUGCUAUUCACACUCAGCACACACACGGAAAUACAAGGUUUCUUCCACCGUUCAAUAAUUCAUGGUCUAUGGCGGAGGCUCCAGUGAAGACUCAGGGAUCAGGCUUCUUCAACUCGUCACAGGACCCCAGGAAGAGCGCAGGGUGCGACGCCCGCCCGGGGGUGAUGCGCCCUAAAACCGCCGUGCGACAGGGUCCACGUCCUGGAAACAGUCAUCAGUCUACAACAACGAGGAAUUACUGCAAAUGUCAGAGACCGCACACGCAGGCCACCGUGACCACAGAGUAUCAGGACCGAUUCCUUCCUCCCUGCCAUUUUAGGACUUUUAUCUUGUCCCAGAAACCCAAGGAUCCACAAAAUUCUCUUAAGAAUGUCAGUUUGACCACUUACAAGAAGACCGCAGAUCGUCAGAGAAGCAUCAGUGCUCCACAGUAUCCUGUUGGCUUUGCCCUCAACAGACUGGCUUCCAGGACGGGGGACUUUUCAUCGGUGUACCAAAAUGAUUUCCGUGCAUGGAAAGCGAACAGAUGCCUGCCACACGGACUCAGUGAGAGCCUGAAAGCCGGCCAAGGACCGGGUUUUACCAACGGCACCUGCAAUAACAACCACAACCACAGCAAUUUCCUUCAAGGUGAUACAAUCUCCAAACCAGCAAAACAUCCAUUUGAGAGCAUGACCAGCUACAGAUCAGACUACGUCGCUCACCCAGUUCCACCGAGGACACGCAGAGACAGAUUGUCGAACAAACCAAGCACGCAGCCGCCAUUAGAAAACUCGGCAUCCCUGAGGCGAAAUCUGGUCUGGCAAACAGGCCAACAACCUUGUGAUAGAGGCGGUGAACUAUCUCAGCCAUUUCAAACAUGGCCUCUUGAGAGCCAGCCUCACUGCCAAGGUAAAGAUCAAAUGUCCAGGCCACCAGCAGAUCUCAACGCCUAUCUCUCCACGACACAUGCAGCUUACGUGCCGCACAAGUGCGAGCGCACCAGGCCAAUCCUGCCAUGUGUGCAAAGCGGCAUGAAAAUCGAGGAGCCUUUUCUUCCAACCACGACCAUGAAGGAGGAUUACAAAGCUUGGGACAUUCCUCAAAGCUUUUUGGCCAGGAAUAUACAUGGAACCGCCCAGGAAAACACUCUUUUCAAUGUGCACACCUCAGACUUCAAACACAACCUUUGUGCCUGCAUCCAAAAUUAAAUGAGCCCGCGGUCUGUAAUUCCAGCUGCAAUACCACACACACCUCAGACUCUUGCUGUGGAUGGAGGAUUUUCCAGCUUCUGGUCCAUUUAAACUGGGCUGAACACUACAUACAUGUUCCGUUUAAUGAAACACGUAUGUAGGUUUUAUGGGCUAAGCACUAUUUUGAAUGGCAUUUGAAAGUAGUUUUUUGGAACACAGUUAAUUCACAGUACAGUUAGUUAUCAUAUAUUUUAGGUCAAA